AUGGUCGAUCCCGUGGAAUGUUCGGGCGUCUACAUUGACGACCGAGUCCGAUCGGAAAGAUGGGUGCGUCGAAAUUCCAUCGACACAUCGACCCUGUCGUCAAUCGGGUCCUUGAAUCUUCCUGAGGAACCGGAAGCGCUACAGGCCGAUGUAGAGCACCUGUUGGGUGUGUGUAAAAUGAUCUACCUAUGCCAGACCGGAUCCUCCUUUGCCAACAAACUUGCCGAGCUCAGUGACCGAUCAGGCAGUGAUUGUCCUCCGAUAUUUGCGUUCUUUGGCAUUGAUUUUGGCAGUGAUGAGUCAAAUCUGGCCCGACGCAAGGCGAGCCGGGCCUCGUGGACGGACAAUGCGCCCCCAUCCCCGGGAUCCAUUCAGCGUACUUUCACUUUCUCCUCACACUUAGAUGAAGCGCCCGGCCUAGCGCUUCUUUCCGGCGUUUCUACCGAUAUACAAGUUCAUGAUGGGCCGAACCUUGUCAUUCCCAUCGCCAUCCUGCGCGCCGCUGGCUCGGACGCGUCUGGCGAUCCCACAUCGGAGCCAAUCAGCGAGCCGCAAGCUCGGAAUCCAGUGACUCUCGAGCACAAACAAAUCGCAAGGUGCCUCGAUGCCGGCGCGGUGGAUGUCCUGAUGACCCCACUUGAUCGGUCCCGGAUCCAGGGGUUGGUCGUCCAUGCAUAUCGGACCCGGCGGACCGCCCAGAAGGAGAUGUCUCGGUUUUUAGCGCGGAAGAAGUUGCGCAAGCUUUCUUGGGUUGGGGUUCAUGAGGAAGAGCCAUAUUCCUAUCUGAGAGAGGCGAUGGUAUCCAAACUCAUGAAAGGAAUCUGCAAUCCCGAGGAAAUCAUUGAUGAUUUUCAAGAACCCGAUCUUGAUGUGGGACCUGAGCGUGCCAUCUAUAUCAAGGAACAAGUUGGCAGAUGGGAAUUCUCGGCACAUGAGUUUUCGGAGGAUGAACUAGUCUUUGCUGCCUGUGAGAUGAUUUCUCAUGCCUACGAUAUGCCCGGGUUAGAACAUUGGCGGUUGACUCCAGGGGAGCUGCAAACGUUCUUGCUCGCCUGUCGGGCUGCUUACAACUCCUUCGUCCUCUACCACAACUUCCGCCACGCCAUUGAUGUUCUGCAGUCGGUCUUUUGCUUCCUGCUUCGCAUUGGCGCUUUGCCUCCCUACAAACCGAUUGGUCAAAACACCGUAUCGCAAACUCCCAUUGCUACUCUUCUCACUCCUUUCGACGCUCUUACGCUCCUCAUCUCUGCGAUUGGCCAUGAUGUUGGUCACCCUGGUGUCAACAAUUUCUUCCUUGUCAAGCUCAACGCACCCUUGGCUCAAUUGUACAACGAUAACUCCGUCCUCGAAGCUUUCCAUUGCGCCGCCUUCUCCCAGAUUCUUCGUCGUCACUGGCCCGCUGCUUUCAAAGACAAGCAACUUCGAAAGCUCCUCAUCAGUUCCAUUUUGGCAACCGAUAUGGGCGUACACCAGAAGUUUAUGGAACGGAUGGGUUUCUUGGAGGAGAAGUUUUAUGAGAACGGCAAGUCAGUUGAUGGCUGGAAGCCCCAAGAUAUCGAAAUGUACAAGACUCUGCUGUGUGGUUUGUUGAUUAAAUGUGCCGAUAUCAGCAACGUGGCGCGGCCCUGGAAAAUUGCAGAAAAAUGGACUCUGAUUUUACAAGAGGAGUUUGCCAACCAGGGCGAGAUGGAGAAGGAAGUGGGCAUGGAAACCGCGCUCUUUGGCGGUCCGCCAGAGCUGGGCAAUAUCUACAAAUUGGCUACGGGCCAAAUUGGAUUUAUGUCUAUUUUCGCUCUUCCACUUUUUGAAGGCAUCUCCGACCUUCUACCGCAGUUGCAAUUUACUGCUGAUCACAUUAAACAAAACCAGGCUCAGUGGAAACAACAUGCCAACGAUGAGCUACGGAAACAAGGUUUGCCUAUCGAGCAUGGUGUUCAGAGCACCGCGGUUUCCCCUCGUUCUCGCAGCCCGGCGGUACAGUCAGCCAAAUCUGAGGAGAGUACUCCAAAAGCUCUUCCUGUCCAGUCCACGGACGACUCAAAGGACGUAUUUCAUCCUCCUGGGUCAUCAGACUAUGGAACUUCACCUGAUGCAUAUAACGAGAACAACAUCGAGCCAGUAGUAUCGCCUGAUACACCAGGUCCUCAGAUCGAGAUUACAGGCAGCCCAAUCGUGCCGGAGAUUGCCUCCCGGAAAUCGUCUAGCGCGAUGCCAGACCUCUCAUACUUCUCGAUCCCCGGUGCGCCACAGUCAACAAGAGGGUCUGUGAGUACGCAGUAUCAUACAGCCUUGACCGAUACCACAAAUCGCCCCCCAGGGGACCCAGCCGUCUUGGCGGCUGUACUUUAUGCCAACUCAGCCACCAACGGUGGAGGUAUUCCCCCAAGCAUCACAGAUCGCGAUUAUACGAAUGAAUCUGCACCCGAGAGACCAAGCAGCUCCCGCCAAGGACCCACCUCAAGCUCAACCCGUCACCAUGCUCAUCACAGCUCGUCCGUCCGUACAUCUGGCCCGUCAAAUUCCAAUCGCAAUAGUUGCACACGGACGCACAGCGUCAGUACCUAUAGCAACAAUAUGACACCGAUCUCACCCGCGACUAAUGCCACGAGCUUCUUGCAUGUGGAUAGCGGGGACGAGAAACGGGUUUCGGAUGACAGCGCUCCUCAAAGCGACCUCGGAGCCCCAGAUGACAGCAGCACUCGUCCAAGCACGUCGUAUGCUUCGCAUGCAGGGGACCAGGAAAGUAACUAUAGUCGCAGCCCCAGCUGUGGUGUGGAGACAAGCCACUCACAUCCCGAUGAUGGAAGUCACAAAGAGUCAUCUCAUGCGACCGCAAAUGGCACCCGCAGCCCAACCCAGUCCACCACUACUGGCGAGAGCAUCAAAAAUGAAUUCCCGCAAGGAGUUCACGAGGACUCUCACAACGGUGUCUUGCGUCGCCUGCCCAAGCGCCGUAGUCGACUCCGGCUCGCGUUCUGGAAGCGCCGCAAUCACCAUCAGCAGGAAGUCCAUGGCGAGAGUUGA